GUGGGUAGUCUCGAUUUUCUCAUUCUGUUCUUCAGUAGCAUACGUAUUCGCGCGUUGUUCAGUGAAGCCGGUGUUGUGCCUCUCCGACAAUCACAUCAAACGCGUCUUUCGCUGUGGGCCACGUCGUUAGCGCCAAGCGCGCCUCUUUCGACUUGCCGCGUUUAAAUAAAUAAACAAUUUUCCUUGAAUAUAUACAACAAUUAAUUUCAUCAUCAAUGACGAAUUUCCCAGUUCAUCCAAAAGUCAUUUGAACGGACGUAACAAAAUUGAAAGUGUCAUUAUUAUUUCAUCAUUGCAAACAAGUUGUGCGUAUAGUUGAUUGAUUGACUGUGGAUCUUCGUACGGGUGUUAGAGUAAACCAUUUGCGAAUGGGAUAUUUUUGGGCAGUGAUUUACGUAAGAGAUUUGUGACAUUCAACCAAAGUACCAAAAGUUAGAAUAAAAAACAUGCUGGCGAAAUUGUUUGAGAUACAUGGCAGCUUCUGCGCUGGUCAUCCCCUCGAAGUAAUUGUCACGACAUUUACACUGACAGCGUGUAUGGUGAAUUUCGAAACGGGGACUAAUGCAGCCAGGGAGGGAAGAUUGUCUGGAGCCUCUUCGCAUUGUUGGAAUGGCAGAUGUAGCAGUGAUGAUCAAAAUGCUGUUGAUGUUAUUGUCAUGACUAUCAUAAGAUGUCUAGCAGUUCUCUUCAGUUAUCAUCAGUUCCGAAAUCUACAAAAACUCGGUUCUAAAUAUAUUUUAGGUAUCGCUGGACUGUUUACGGUUUUCUCCAGCAUUGUGUUCACGACGAGUGUCGUUAACUUUGGUCGCAGUGACAUGGCAGAUCUCAAGAACGCCCUCUUUUUUUUCCUGCUCUUGAUUGAUCUCAAUAAAGCUGGGGUUUUAGCACAGUUAGCACUGAGUUCAAGAAGCCAAGAGGAAGUACGGGCAAAUAUUGCGCGUGGUAUGUCUCUUCUUGGACCAUCAAUCACUCUUGAUACUUUGGUAGAAAUUUUGCUGAUAGGCAUCGGAUCAUUAUCUGGUGUUAAACGCUUAGAGGUUCUCUGCAGUUUUGCCUGUCUUGGAGUCGUUGUUAAUUACAUCGUAUUCAUGACAUUCUACCCCGCUUGUCUAGCAUUGAUUCUCGACCUAUCUCGAGGCAACCAUGGAAUGGGAACACUCAAUGCUGACAAGUUAUUGAUGCUUCAUUCACUGAAUGAAGAAGACCAGAAACCAAAUCCCGUAGUUGAGCGUGUAAAGUUAAUCAUGAUUGCCGGGCUCUUCGUCGUCCAUGCACACAGUCGUUGGCCAUUCAAACAUGGAGAUGGUGAUGAUACAGUAGAGGGAACGGCCUCACCCAUAAACUCCCACAUAAUAAUAAACAAUCACAAUAAAUCGAAAACCCCAGAGGACUUGAAAGAGCACUUGAUGAAUUGGUUGUCCGUGAGUGCUGAUAAUAUAGUCAUUCUCAUUCUUCUCCUCGCUCUUGCGUUAAAGUUCAUUUUCAUCGAGGACAAAGGUGAUAUUGCUAAACAACUGAGAACCAAGAAGGAGCAGCACGAGGAAAGUCCUCCACAGGAAGACACGUCGAUGGAGAUAUUGCAGGCACCAUCUCUCGAUAUAUCCAUUAGGCAAAGAUUCGGUCUCAACAUGCCUAUCAUUCCCGGGCCCGUAUUUCCCUUAUCCGGAAUGGGAGAUAAUUGGAUGGCUGUUGGAGAUGAUGCUCCAGUAGAAGUUGAGGAUAAAGAGGUUCAGACUGAUGGCAAACUACUGACUAGUGAUGAGACUGCCGAUGGAAGUAAAGAAGAGAAGGAGCCUAGGAGCAUUGAGGAGUGCCGAGAAAUCUAUCGCUCUGAGUUGGGAGCUGAGGCUCUAACUGACACCGAGGUAAUUCAGCUCGUAAAAAGUAAAGAUAUUCCAGCCUAUCAGCUGGAGAAGGCAGUGGGUGACAUGGAGCGAGGUGUAGGCAUUCGUCGUCUCCUGGUAAUUGAAUCAGCAAAAUUCACCGAUGAAUUGAAUCACCUACCCUACAAGAGCUAUGACUACACGAAAGUCUUGGGUUCUUGCUGUGAGAAUGUAAUCGGCUACGUACCAGUUCCCGUAGGAAUAGCUGGACCAUUAUUAGUAGAUGGGGAGCUCAUUCAAGUUCCAAUGGCAACAACGGAGGGCUGUUUAGUGGCCUCAACAAAUCGAGGUAGUAGAGCACUGAUCAAGUGUGGUGUAACCAGUCGAGUUGUGGCUGAUGGAAUGACAAGAGGUCCAGUCGUUAGAUUUCCAAAUAUCGUGCGUGCGAGUGAGGCGAUGGUUUGGAUGCAAGAUACAACAAAUUUUGCAGAGAUGAAAAGAUGUUUCGAUGAAACAAGUCGAUUUGCACGAUUAACGAGGAUACACAUUAGAAUUGCUGGUAGACAUUUGUUCAUAAGAUUUGUCGCUAAAACUGGUGAUGCUAUGGGAAUGAAUAUGCUGUCAAAAGGAACAGAGAAAUCACUGCAGUGUGUCCAGCGAUCAUUCACUGACAUGGAGAUACUUUCACUUAGCGGUAAUUUUUGCACUGAUAAAAAGCCCGCUGCUGUCAACUGGAUUGAAGGCAGGGGCAAGAGUGUUGUCUGCGAAGCUAUUGUACCCGCCGAUGUUGUCACAUCUGUUCUGAAGACCUCUGUACAUGCUCUUGUUGAUGUUAAUAUUAAUAAAAAUUUGAUUGGUUCAGCUGUUGCCGGUAGUGUUGGUGGGUUCAAUGCACAUGCUGCCAAUAUUGUUACUGCUAUUUAUAUAGCGACCGGCCAGGAUCCUGCCCAAAAUGUCGGAAGCAGCAAUUGUAUGACGUUGAUGGAACCCUGGGGUGAAGACGGCAAUGAUCUGUAUAUUUCCUGCACUAUGCCUAGCAUUGAGAUUGGGACUAUUGGGGGUGGUACUGGAUUACCUGCUCAGAGUGCUUGUUUGUCCAUGCUCGGGGUGCUGGGAGCUCACGAGAGUGAUCCUGGAGAAAAUUCUAGCAAACUUGCGAGAAUUGUUUGUGCCACUGUUCUUGCCGGGGAAUUGUCACUCAUGGCUGCACUCACUGCCGGUCAUCUAGUCAAAAGUCAUCUCAGACACAAUAGAUCGUCAACAACAAUGUGCAAUUCCGUAAGAUUAACGAGAAGUGAACGCCCACGCGUAACUGUGCCAAAAACUCUAACAGAGCUUCAAUCAAUUCGCACUGAUAAAAGCGAUCACUUCUAGCAUUAAUGAUCGUACAAUGGUGUGCUAUACGUUCUUUUCAUAAAUAGUUUCAUUGUUAUCUUGUAAGUUGUGAAUAAUACAUGGAAAAUGCUAAUGAAUUAUUUUUUAACGAGAAUUAUGGGACUGUCUUAUUUAAAAUUCAAUCGAUGAAUUUCAACGUAUGUUAUUCAUUAGUCUAUUGCCCAUUCUUGUGUUAGACAUUUAUACUAACAGUACUAUUUUUGGUGUCAUCAUCGAAUUUAAUUUUUCACAGAAGAUGUACAUGGGAAUUGUAGGAGGGAAGGGAGAAAUAGAAAGAAAAUUGUUAAAUACCAAAAAUGCUGUGACGAGAGGAAAGGAAAUGGAUUAAGAAAACUGAGAAUAAAAGAAUCAAGAGAGAUAGAUUAA